UGGAAGUUGAGAUGACGAAAUGUCAGAGGAUAGCCAAUGAGCUUCUAGCUACUGAGAAGAAUUAUGUGGAAAGAUUAUUUCUAUUGGACCAGAUCUUCCAGAUGGAAAUAAUCCUAGCAAACAGCGUGAAGAAGAUGAUCCCUGAGGCAAUCAUACCGCAGAUCUUCUCAAAUACGAAGAGCAUCUACCUGCUGCACCUCAACUUCCUACUGCCGGCACUGGAAAAGGCAAUUGCUUCCAGACCAGAGGCUCCAAACAUCGGCGAGGCGAUGAUGAAGAUCGCGCCCUUCUUGAAAAUGUACAUCGAGUACGUGAGGAACUUCGACCGGGCCCGCCAAAUGCUAUUAUACUGGGUUGAUAAGUCACCCAAGUUCGCUGAACUCCUCGAAGAACUACAGAAACGUCCAGAAUGCGGUCUUCUAACCCUACAACACCACAUGUUAGAGCCAAUACAGAGAGUGCCGAGGUACGAGCUCAUGCUGAAAGAUUACCUUAAACAUCUUCCCCAAAAUUCACCAGACCGAAAAAGCGCUGAAAUUACUCUCAAGUUAGUGAACGAGGCGGCUCAACAUUCCAACGACGCCAUGAGGAAGAUAGAAAAAUUUCGAAGUCUAUUGGAUGUGAACGAGAAGUUAGGCGAGGACAUUGACCUAAUCAGCCCGACUCGAGAAUUAGUGAAAGAGGGAAAAGUGAUGAGAGUUUCGGCGAAAGAUGGCACACUUCUUGAUAGAUAUAUAUUUUUGUUCAAUGACCUCUUGCUAGUCUGCCAAGGCGGAACUCUAACUCUCAGCCAGCAGUUUAGGAUAAAGUCCAAGAUGAAUUUGGAUGAUAUGGAGAUAGUCGAGAGUAAUAACCUUGAAAUCCCCAAUACCUUUUACGUUCGCUGUCAGAAGAACUCAAUCGAACUGCACACUUCAACUGACGAAGAAAAAGACGAAUGGCAAUCUGCCUUCGUACGAACGAUUGAAGAUUAUCAGAGCAAAAUGAGAACGACGAAGAGGAGAAUGACGAUGAUGCAUCCGGUGAAAACGGAUCAAUUAGGCAAGCGGGCACCCACCUGGGUGAAAGAUAACGAGACGAGCAUGUGCAUGAGAUGUGCAGCGGCAUUCACAACAUUCCGAAGGAGGCAUCAUUGCAGAGCUUGUGGACUGGUAAUAUGCAGGCACUGUUCCACGCAUAAGGUCACCUUAGAAUUCAGCAGCAACGCCGAGGACCGCGUCUGCUGCUAUUGCUUCGGCGUCCUCACUGGCGGGAAAACAACAAAACGAUCCAGCGAAACGAAACGAUCCAGCGAAACAAAACGGCCAAACGAUACGAAACGGUCAAACGACGACGACGAAGAUGAUGGUGUCGUCGGUAGGUUGACUUGUGUUUCGAUCAGCGACGCCACUGCGAAAGUUGAUGAGAAAUUGAAGGGUGGAAAGUUAAAGUUGCAGGUCCGUAAGUUGGCAAAUACAAACAAAAACAAAUUUAAUAAUAAUAAUAAUCAUAACAAAUUAUUAUUAUUAUAA